CUUUCGUGGUCAAGGUUAUCAUCGUAUGGCCUUAUUGAAUUCAGUUGCCCGGGCUGCCAGUCUCGUGUUAAACAGGUGGUUCAGUCGUUACACGAUGGCCAGUAAUCACCAGUGUGGUUUAGCUGUAGCACUAAACGAAAAGUCAUUACCACCUCCCCCUGAAUUUAUUAAACAUCGUGAAGAGUUAUGGAAUAAACUGAAAAGGGAAUAUGAUGGUUUCGUUGCUUCACAACCACGUUCACCUGUUCAGAUCACUCUACCAGAUGGAACUAUUGUGGAUGGAAAAGCCUGGGAAACUACUCCAAUGGAAGUGGCCAAAAAUAUUAGUAAAACUUUGGCUGAACAUGCUGUAAUCGCUAAAGUCAACGGAGAAUUAUGGGAUUUAUUACGCCCUUUUGAAAAGAGUUCUAGCCUCGAGAUUUACAAUUUUGAUCACAAAGAUGGUCAAUAUGUAUUUUGGCAUUCAUCUGCCCAUGUUCUCGGUGAAGCCUUAGAACGUUGCUAUAGUGGACAUUUAUGCUAUGGACCACCUGUUGAGGAAGGAUUUUAUUAUGAUAUGUGGGUCCCUAAUCAACAACACUCUGGUCUCGGUCCAGAAGAUCUCUCUGUUGUGGAAAAUGUGUGUCAUAGUAUUUGUAAAGAAAAUCAACCAUUUGAACGUUUAGAAAUGAAAAAAGAAGAUUUAUUGAAAAUGUUUGCCUACAAUGAAUUCAAAUGUCGGAUAAUUCGCGAUAAGAUAGAUACACCAACUACUACAGUUUAUCGAUGUGGUCCUCUUAUCGAUCUCUGCCGUGGACCACAUGUUAGACAUACAGGUUGUAUAAAGUCUCUAUCAGUCACCAAAUGUAGUUCCUCUUAUUGGGAGGGUCGCACGGACGCGGAAACUUUACAACGUGUCUAUGGUGUUUCAUUUCCAGAUCCAAAACGUUUGAAAGAAUGGAAACACAUUCAGGAAGAAGCAGCUAAACGUGAUCAUCGUAAACUUGGAGUUGAACAAAAAUUGUUUUUCUUUCAUGAAUUAUCUCCUGGUAGUUGUUUUUUCUUGCCUGCUGGUGCACAUAUCUAUAAUACAUUAGUUUCAUUUAUUCGUUCUGAAUAUUGGAAACGUGGUUUUCAAGAAGUAAUCACUCCAAAUAUUUAUAAUUCUGCAUUAUGGGAACAAAGUGGACAUUGGCAACAUUAUAGUGAAAAUUUAUUUAAAAUUGAAGUUGAGAAGCAAACAUUUGGUUUAAAACCUAUGAAUUGUCCUGGUCAUUGUUUAAUGUACGCGAAAGAGAUUCGUUCACAUAAAGAAUUACCAUUGCGUUUUGCUGAUUUUGGUGUAUUACACAGAAAUGAAUUCUCAGGUGCUUUAUCUGGUCUUACUCGUGUUCGUCGUUUUCAACAGGAUGAUGCGCAUAUAUUUUGUCGUGAAGAUCAGAUUAAAGAUGAAAUCAAGAGUUGUUUGGAUUUUUUGGGUCAUGUGUACGGUUUAUUUGGUUUCUCGUUUGAAUUAUACUUAUCUACUCGUCCAGAGAAAUUCAUGGGUGCAAUUGAAAUGUGGGAUCGUGCUGAAAAGCAACUAAAAGAAAGUUUAGAUGAAGUUGGUCUGAAAUGGGAACUUAAUCCUGGUGAUGGUGCAUUCUAUGGACCCAAAAUCGACAUAACUAUAAUGGAUGCUUUACGUCGUCGGCAUCAAUGUGCAACAAUACAAUUAGAUUUUCAAUUACCAGUCAGAUUUAAUCUUUCUUAUGCGAGGUAUGCUUUAUCUAUUUUCAAAUCAAUUAUGAAUCAGUCUUAGCAACUAUUUGUAUGUAGAUACAGUUAGUGAUUUUACUGUAAUAUUCAUUCAGUUAGUAAUUCGGCAACAGAACCUGGUACAUAUGUGCAACAGCUCAAAUCAAUUAGAUUUUCAAUUACCAGUCAGAUUUAAUCUUGCUUAUGCGAUAUAUGCCUUAUCUAUCUUCAAUCAAUAAUGAGUCAGUUUUUCUCACCAUGAUUUCAGUUUUAGCAAUUAUUUGGGUGUAGAUACAGUUAGUGAUUUUAUUGCAUUAUUCAUUCAGUUAGUCAUUCGGCAACAUAGAACGUGGUACAUAUGUGCAACAGUUCAAAUCAUUACAUCAUAUUAUCUACAAUUGUUAUGCAUAUAUCAAAUAUCUAAGGAUGCCAGUGUAACUGUGUCGUGUUUUUUUAAUGCAAAGAUAAGAGAGAUCACAAACGACCUAAUAUCUCUAGCUACACUUGUGCAUGUUAUUAUCAUUCGGAAUUAGGUACGUGUGUCAUGGAAACGAAUGAUGAAGAAUAAUUGUUGAUCAAAUAAGUUCUAUACAUAGCUAGAUUUUUCUCAGUAUAAAUAUCUCAAUUUUAUGGGACUAAUAUGUCUUCUUAAAUGAAAGCUCGAAUCAGUUUCCUUGACACUUCUAAUAACCAUUAUCAGUCUACACGGCAAAUUGAGCGCUAGAGUAAAGGCUCGGAAUGUGAGAAGAACGCUUUACUCCAAGGUUAGUUCAUGUAGAGAAAGUCGAGGAUAUUCAUAGUGUUUCAGAUAGCUCUGGGCUUCUGGGAGAUUCUGGAAUCGUACUAAAUAUAGUCGCAGCAUUGGUAAUUUUCCAGUCAGAAAUGUGACACAUGACUCUUCACUUACUAUAUGUUUUUGAGGAACAUCCCUUCAACACUGAUUGGAUAAGAUGCUUUACAGCGUUUCAAGUGUCCCUCUGGACUUUCUCGAGGAACUUUUUUCCCUAACAAGCACAUAUGCUAAGGACAACUCAAGUUAUCCAGCUUUUCUUUUUGUUAUUACGUGUCAGUUCUUCAGAGAAAUAAUUUCUAUGACGUUUUGCUAUGUCAUACUUCUGUAAUGAUCUUUGCUGUUAUCAUCUCAUUGGUUGUUGUCGCAUUUUUAAGGUUUGGUUCGUCAUAUGCCUAAAAGUCAUUGCAUGUUCCUAUAGAACAAGAGUUAUUCUUUUCUCAUCGUUCAACGUCUGUACGGAAUUUAAAGUUAUCCCGUCCUCUUUAGUUAUAUUGAAUUACCACAGUGUUAUUUUUAUUAUUGCGUGUCAAAUGUUCGGUCUAUUUGAUUUUUUUGUUGCGUUAUACCAGAAAAAUCUUAAAAUCGUUCAUAGAUAAGAAUUUAUCGUAGGCUAAUUGGAAACUUUAAUAGGCUUAAUCGUUUUAUCAAUCAUUUAACAAUAUAAACACGUCUACUAUAAGUAACAUAAUUGAAUAGGUGAUCUGAAAUUGUUUCACUCACUGCACUUCAUCUAAUGUCUCAAUGACGUAGUGAUUAUAAAGAAUACCGAAUCAUUAGUUAAUGAGCUUAACUUUCAACUGGGUAUUAACAGUUUUCAACAAUCGCAUUUUGCUUAAUUCAGUUUUAGUCACUCAUAAGAUCACGCUAGAAAUUAAUACUUAAAUUCUAAUAUAUCAUCUUAUACUUCAUUGGAAUAAUUUUUAAAUUUCUAUCGAUGUCAAUGUAACUAAUGCUUUUGUCAAGCCUUUCUUUUUAGUUCGAGACAUUAAUGUCUCAAAUUAACUCGGCGCCCAAAUAUUGUGAAACUAUUCGUUCAAAUUUAGACGAAAGUUCUUAUUUAUUUCUUUUUAGUUGUUGUUAUUAAGUUAAGGUAGUUGAAAUUACAUUGACAGAAAAUCUUAAAUCUGUUUUGUGUUAGUGGAUAUUUGUUAACAAACGUAUCUCUAAUCUUAAAGGUCCUGACAUUCUUCAUUAAUGCAUAUACAGUAUCAUAGUCUGAGAUGUUACAACUGUACUCUUCAAAUUCUUGUUGACUUCUUAUAGGACUGAGAUAUUUAUAUUGAUUUAUUUCAACGUAGUAUAGAAUAUAUUUGUCAAGUCUUUUGUGUUUCUCGAAUUUAACUGUUGCUUGCUAUCAAAUUCUUUGUGUAUUAUCCACUCUUCCAUUGAUUUCUCAUCGUUGAUGUAAAUAUUUGUGAGAUUUCAAAUUAAUCUGCUCUUGUUGUACAUAUUCUCUGUUCCUGCUGUUAUCCUCCAGAGUGUAUCUGUCGUGCGUGUACAGUAUCCCGUUACUAUAUAAUUUUGCUCUUUGAAAAUAGGGCUGUAGAUCUAAAUUUAAAUUCUCAAUAUACAUACGAUAUGCUUAUAAUGCAUGCAUUGUACCCAUAUUCUUAACUGUAUAGUUUAUUUUCUGGAUCAAAUCUAUUUUUUAAAAGGGAAGACGAGUGUAGUGUAUGCUACUUAUAUCGAAAAAUAUAAGUAAUAUGUAGCAGCAGCAUUCGGAAGUGGAAUGCCUGUCAGCAGAAGAUUGAGAAGAUCGAAUUGAAGAGAACAGAAAGGAAGACAGAGUAAUUGUAAUAACAACAGGAUUGAAAUAAUCGUGUAAAGGACAACCGAAGGAAAAUUUGCAAAUCAUGUAUUUAUUGCACGAUUUUAAUACUUUACGAAAGCGCUUUAUGAUUUCGCACUAAUCAAUGAAUCGAUUGUCCCCAUCAAUUCCUCGGUCACUCCACUACUACUGAAAUAAUUAUUUUUAGACCAAUAGAAUAAUAUUGUUUCCAAAUCGAUCCUCACCUCAGGUUUUUAUUCCGAACGGUUACAUGAGCUAAAGAUAUGAGUGUUGUGAGGAAAAAAACAAACAUAGUUGAAUUCUUCGAUAAUCUAACUUAGUAGUUGUGUAAGAGUUUGCUGUAGGUAGCCUUUUCGUUUCUAUCUAUUUUAUAUACAUAUUUACUCAUAUUAUAUCCUAAUAACUUUUCAUCUGUACAUGUUGUUUAUUAUUUAUCAGUGAAACUGAUAAUCUUUCUGGGAGUGAUAAUAAUUAUAAUAAUGUAUCGAAUACAACAAAUGGUAUAUCUGACCAUCAUGAAGCAACCAAUCAUCAAACUGACUUAAACAUUCACCGACCUGUCAUUAUUCAUAGAGCUAUUUUGGGUUCAGUCGAGCGAAUUAUAGCGAUUCUCACAGAAUCUUAUGGAGGGAAAUGGCCAUUUUGGCUUAGCCCCCGUCAAGUUUUAGUAGUCCCUGUUGUUUCAGCAUGUGAUGAAUACGCGAUAGAUGUAAAAAAUCGUUUACAUGAUGCCGGCUUUAUGGUUUCCGUUGACACAGAUCCUGGUCGUACUUUAAAUAAAAAAAUUAGAAAUGGACAGUUGCUUCAAAAUAAUUUUAUUCUAGUGGUUGGUGAAAAAGAAAUUACUAAUGGAACUGUCAAUGUUCGUACACGGGAUAACAAAGUUCAUGGUGAGCAUCCUGUUGAACAUGUUAUUGAACGUUUUCGUCAGUUGGCGGCAUCAAGAACGCUGGAAGCAGAACAAGAAUUUUAAUGAAAUAUACAAGUUACUAAACUAAUUUCAGUGUAAUUGAAAAUUUCAUUGUUAAUUCCAUUAUGUGUAUUACAUGGACUUUGUUUUUGAUUUAUUUUAUCCUACCUAUGUGUUUCAAGACUGAAGUCGUGUAAAAUUCUCUUUGGGUUGCUGCGAUUCGAAAAAGAGAGGAGAGGGUGUGUGAAAUAAUUACAUGAUACAUUUAUUUAAUCCCAAUUUCGUACUUCAUAUUGUGUAGAAUUGGAAACGUUAUGACAGUAUCUUGUAUUGUACACGAAUGAGUUUGUAAUUCAGAAUAACGAUUUUUAAGCUGUCGUUGUGUCUUUCACGGUUGGUAGUUCAGUCGUGAAGCUUUUGUCCAUAUUGGCCAACCUAAUAACUCUGUUGUUACGAAAUCAGCUAGAACCGGCGAACGGAACGAAAGUCAGCAACACGACAAGACAAGCCAAGCUAUACCACUACACCCCAGUUCUGCUAAAUAGAGGGAGAAGACAAGAUUCAGCCUGGAAAAAUAUUUACUCCACAAAUGGCUGUAAGCACGAACGAACUAGCACACACCCCAUUCGUAUAUAUACAAUACAGAAACAUCCUUUGCAAACGUCAUAAAACAGCACACUAA